CAAAGGAGACAUACGUAUAGUUUCACCGGUUUCAAGAAGUUUACAUUGAGCACGUGGAUUGCGAUAGACAACAAUUGUGUUUUGAGAAGAUAAGCUGCGUACUAUGGCGGAUGGAGAUGUGAAGAGGAUUUUAACCCAAUUUAAGUCUGAAUCAGGAGAAGUAAAUGGUGCACCAUUUGAUCUCCCCAUCAAUAUCACAGUUGACAAGCUUCAGUUGAUUUGUAAUGCUAUUCUAAAACAGGAGGAGCCUGUACCCUAUGCCUUCUUUAUCAAAGAAUCUGAAAUCACAGAAUCACUUGAGAACACUCUAACAAAAGAUGAUUUGGAAAGCAGUGAACAAGUUCUAGAAAUUAUUUACCAACCUCAGGCUGUGUUCCGAGUGAGGGCUGUAACUCGUUGCACAAGUAGUCUUGUUGGACAUGCAGAAGCUGUGUUGUCAGUAUCCUUCAGUCCUGAUGGAAGAUAUUUAGCAAGUGGUUCUGGUGAUACAACAGUCAGAUUCUGGGAUGUCAAUACUGAAACACCACAGUUCGUUGGAAAAGUUCAUAAACAUUGGAUAUUGUGUAUUGCAUGGUCACCAAAUGGACAGAAAUUAGCUUCAGGCUGUAAAAAAAGUCAGGUUGUAAUAUGGGACCCUGCUACAGGCAAACAAAUCGGUCGGUCACUAUUAGGCCAUAAGCAAUGGAUAACAUGUUUGGCUUGGAAACCAUUGCAUUUAGAUCCAGAAAGCCUGUAUUUAGCAAGUUCAUCUAAGGACAGCUCAGUUCGAAUUUGGAAUACUGUACUAAGCCAGUGUUGUAUUACCCUGAAUGGUCAUUUACAGUGUGUUACUUGCAUCAAAUGGGGUGGUGAGAAUCUAUUAUUCUCUUCAUCCCAAGAUCGCACCAUCAAAGUAUGGAAUCCAGAAGAUGGUUCUUUAAAAAGGACAUUACAAGGACAUGGACAUUGGGUAAAUACCAUGGCUCUGAGUACAGAUUAUGUGAUGCGUACUUCGGCAUUUGAUCCCAGAAAUGCAGAUGUUGUUUACAGAGAUGUCACUGAAUCAGCUGAAGAGCUUGCCAAGAAAGCUUUAGAGAGAUACAAGUCUGUUAAGGGUUCGUUCCCUGAGAAGCUAGUAUCAGGCUCAGAUGAUUUUACACUUUACCUGUGGCAUCCAGAAUUAGAUUCUCAACCUAUCAAUCGAAUGACUGGUCAUCAACAACUGAUUAACCAAGUUCUCUUCUCACCUGAUACACGGACUAUUGCCAGUUGCUCUUUUGAUAAAUCUGUGAAAUUAUGGCAUGGUCGAAAUGGCAAAUUUCUGACAACACUUCGGGGUCAUGUGACUCGAGUUUACCAAAUUGCCUGGUCAGCUGACAGUCGCCUACUGUGUAGCUCAAGUGCUGACUCCACUAUCAAAGUUUGGGACAUGGCAUCAAAAAAGCUGUUGCAUGAUCUCCCAGGUCAUGCUGAUGAGGUUUAUGCCCUUGACUGGAGCCCUGAUGGUCAACGUGUAGCUAGUGGCAGUAAAGAUAAAACACUAAAAAUUUGGAGACAGUAAGGAACCCAGUCAACAAACAGAGCUUUUUCAUAAGUUUCAUCUGAUCAUUGCUCUCAGUCCAUCUGCAACUUGUCUAUUCACCUUCUUUUGGCAUAUUUCAAAUUGGCCACCUGAGUAAUUACUGUACGGGCUAAGGAUCUGGUGUGUUUAAUGUACCACAAGAUGACUGAGCCAGUCACGUAUGGCAACCAUUGUUGAUAUGAUGCCAAUCACUUGGGAAUAUCAAAGUAAAAAACACCAGUGUCUAUUUUACUAAACCUGUGCUCUUUCACUUUGUUGAUUAAGCAUUUUUUGUUUUAAUAAAAAAUCAUUUAAAUAGA